CUGAGCGCGCUGCGUCGGCGGCGUGCUGGAGGCGGAAGGGUCUGCGCCACUGGCCGAGACUUUAUCAAGGAUCUUGGAAGCACUGCCAACAUGUCUGAUGUUCAAGAAGCCACUAACCAGCUUCUGCAUGUGAACCUUCAUGAGAACCAGAUGUCUAUAAAAGUGACAGAAAGUGACCCCAGAAGUGAGUCUGAGCAUCUUCGAGUCACUAUUGGAGCCACUGUACCUACUGGUUUUGAGCAAACAGCUGCAGAUGAAGUGAGAGAGAAACUGAGGUCAUCGUGCAAAAUCAGCAAAGAUCGGGGCAAGAUAUAUUUUGACAUUUCAGUGGAAAGUCUAGCUCAGGUUCAUUGCCUGAGAUCAGUUGAUAAUCUAUUUGUGGUUGUUCAGGAGCUUAAAGAUUACCAGUUCAAAGAAACAAAGGAAGAAGUCCUAAAGGAUUUAGAAGAAUUGGCUGGGAAGCUUCCAUGGUCAGACCCUUUAAAAGUAUGGAAAAUUAACACCAGUUUCAAGAAAAAAAAAACAAAGCGCAAAAAGAUAAAUCAGAAUUCAAGUAAAGAGAAGAUUGAUAAUGGAUGUGGAGACAAAAGAGAUGAGAGAGAUGUUAAAAAAGAGGUGACUGAUAAUGCUUUAGAUUCAUGUAUUUUAGACUACUAUGAAAACCCAGCCAUCAAAGAAGAGAUAUCAACAUUAGUAGGUGAUGAAUUGGCAACUUGCAAAGAUGAGACUGAUCCCGAAGUGCUCAAGUUUAGAGUCACAUGCAACAGGGCAGGAGAGAAACAUUGCUUUUCUUCAAAUGAGGCCGCAAGAGAUUUUGGAGGUGCUGUUCAAGAUUAUUUUAAGUGGAAGGCUGACAUGACCAACUUUGAUGUGGAGGUGCUUUUGAAUAUCCACGAUAAUGAAAUCAUUGUGGGCAUUGCAUUAACAGAAGAGAGUCUACACCGAAGAAAUAUCACACAUUUUGGACCUACAACUCUUAGAUCUACUCUUGCCUAUGGGAUGCUCAGGCUCUGUGCUCCUCAACCUACUGACAUAAUAGUUGAUCCAAUGUGUGGAACAGGGGCAAUACCAAUAGAGGGGGCUACUGAAUGGUGUAACUGUUUUCAUGUUGCUGGUGAUAAUAAUCCAUUGGCUGUGAAUAGAGCAGCAAAUAACAUCUCAUCUUUACUGACCAAGAGCCAAAUUAAAGAAGGCAAACCAUCCUGGGGCUUGCCUAUAGAUGCUAUUCAAUGGGAUGUCUGCAAUCUGCCAUUGAGAACUGGUUCUGUGGAUAUUAUUGUAACAGACAUGCCAUUUGGAAAAAGGAUGGGCUCCAAGAAAAGAAACUGGAACCUUUACCCAGCUUGCCUAUGGGAGAUGAGCCGUGUCUGCAGACCAGGGACAGGCCGAGCUGCACUACUUACUCAGGACAAGAAAUGCUUUACCAAGGCAUUAUCUGGAAUGGGACAUGUAUGGCAGAAGGUACACACUGUCUGGGUGAACAUAGGUGGUCUUCAUGCUGCAGUUUACCUUCUGAAACGUACAGUUCAAGCUUUUGUUCAUCCUUCAGAACAAGAUAAAGAGGAACUUCCUGGUAAUGCAAAGAAUGAAGAUGAUUAAUAGCAUUUGUGCUUCCAGACACUGGAAAUGCCAGCACGAUCUUGCUUUGAGAGAAAAACAGUAUUAACAGAAGUGCAGUUUGCAAUGUUUAAAUUGGUCUAAAGCUCUUCACCCUGGUUACAUCAUGGAAUUCAGAGUCUUAUGAGAGAAGAACCUUUCUUGUUUGGAACUGUUGCAAAGAUGUGGCUUGGCAAUUGGUACUUUUUCUAAAAUGCUUUACAGAUGCUAUGCUUACUAAAAUGCUCUGGAAUUUGGGUUUACAACAUUUUAUUUUCAGGCUUUAUACCAGUUCCGGUUUCCCAUUGUAGCCAUCCUGUCUUAAUGGAAAGGCAGAGAACAUAAUCAUAGCAUUUUAGGCAACAGACAUUGCCUAUGUAGUAUGCUGUUUAGUUGCUCAAGUUCUCUUUACCCCAACCUUAAAAAAUGAAGUAUUACAUUUUGUGAAACAGUGUUUGCCCCAUGACAAGAUUUUAAUCUCUCAAGACCUUUAGGAAAGUUUACCAUCUGCCUUAAAAAUUAAAAUAUGCAUGUUAUUCAGGUUCAUACAUAUAUUAGAAGACUAGGAUUAAGCAAAGGAAUCACAAAGUUACAUUUUUACUUGUAAAUAGCAACAAAUACAUCAGUGGAUGAAGUAUGGGACCAACAAGUCAAAUUUAAAGAAGUUUUAUUUUUCAGUACACAAAAGUGGUGUUGCUUUUCAAAGUCAAACAUAAACCUGUCAAAAUAUUUUUUAACUACAAAUUUGAUGUAUCUU